UAGAAAAUGCAGAAAGUAAAUGAGAAUUUUUUUUUACACCAAAUUGUCAAUUAAUAAGAUAUUUCUAAAAGACAGCAUAGAUAUAGGAUUAAACCUCAAAACACAUUCUGCUACUCCUCCCAGGUAUGGGGAUACCACAUUUGCAGGGGCGGACUGACCAUUUGGAAACACAGGCACUGCCCGAGGGCCCGGGAUGCCCCUGGUACCUUUUUCAUAGGCUUUUUUUGAGUUUGGGCAAGGACACAGGGGCCCCAUGAUCCCCUAUUGCCCGGGGG